UCCACCUCAUAUAUACGCCCCAGCGCUCGCUCUGCAUCCCCGCGAGCACCUCAUUACCUUCGAUCCCGGAUAGCUUGAUUCCGACUCUUCUUUCCGUCCACACUCUAUUCUAACAGUUGCUGCGCAUCCCACCUCGCACGCACGAGCCUAGGGGGCAUUCACAAUCGACACGCACAACUAGCCUGACCUCGGAGAAGCUCAGUGACCCGGAUUGCGAAGGGCGCACACUAUCGCAACAUGCACCAGCCAGGCGUCGUCCAGCUUGUAGUGAUCUCGGACAUCGUGUGUCCAUGGUGCUACAUCGGGCUGGCCGAGCUGCAGAAGGCCAUCAAGGAGACUGCCUCUGAGCUCCAGCUCACCAUCAAGGUCGAGCACCGCCCCUUCCUCUUGCAUCCCUCGAUGGAGGAGGACAAGGUUCUCGACAAGGCGGAAUGGUACUUGGAGAAGUUCGGGGCGGAUAAGCUCGAGCACGUCAAGUCUAUGGUUCAGGGCCGCGCGAAGGAGGUUGGCAUCGAAAUCAAUUUCCAAGGUGUUAUGACGCAGACCAUCCGCGCCCACCGCCUGAGCCGCAAGGCGUACGUCCUUGGUGGGCAGGAGCUGCAGGAGAAGUUCUUGGACAGGAUAUUUAAGGCGUACUUCUCUGAGGGCAAGGACAUCAGCGAUCUCAAUAUCCUCGGAGAUCUUGCGGAAGAGGCUGGCAUAACGUCCAAGAGUGAGGCUAUCGAAUUUUUGACGUCCGACGAAUAUCAGGAGGAAGUCGAGACUAUGGCUGCGGAGGCGCGGAAGAAGGGUGUCACUGGUGUACCCUUCACGGUCAUCAAUGGUCGCUGGGCCGUUAGCGGUGGUCAGACGUCCGAGGUCUUCGGUCAGAUCUUCCGCAAGUUGGCCGGGAAAGGUCCCCUUCGUCCCAUCCCCAACGCCCCGACCUGCGAUAAUAGCGGAUGCCCGAUAGCCGCUGCUUCUGUCAAGUCAUGAUUGGCCUUCCAUCUCAUCUUCCCCUGGCCGCGAUUUCUUGCGGACGAAGAGUAUGCAUCCACCGUCCCCUCUACAUACUUCAUCUGAUAUCCCUACCGUCGCUCGUUUUGACUUCCUUGCUCUUGUCGUGCUGUUGUACUCUAUUGUUCCAUGCAGAUCCGGUGUGGAGUAACGGACCUGUUUCUAUGUUAUCGUAUGUUGUGUUGGACGUCGCUGUGCAUAGGCAGGUGGUGUUUCUCUACGCAAUUAUUGAGUUUAGGGUUCACUCAGG